AUGGGUUUCGCUCCUCGUGGCCGUGGUGGUCCCCCUCGUGGACGCGGUGGAUUCGGUGACCGCGGUGGUGGUCGCGGUGGUCGUGGUGGUGGCCGUGGUGGUGGUCGUGGUGGCUUCGGUGACCGCGGUGGCCGCGGUGGUCGUGGCGGCGGCCGUGGAGCUCCUCGUGGCCGUGGCGGUCGUGGUGGUGGUCGCGGCGGUGCUGCUGGUGCUAAGGGUGGUGCGAAGGUCAUCAUUGAGCCUCACCGUCACGCCGGUAUCUUCGUUGCCCGCGGCGGUAAGGAGGAUCUGCUCGUUACCAAGAACUUGACCCCUGGCGAGGCUGUCUACGGUGAGAAGCGUAUCUCCGUUGAUGCUCCUGCCAACGAGGAUGGUGUUGUUUCCAAGGUCGAGUACCGUGUUUGGAACCCUUUCCGUUCCAAGCUUGCCGCUGGUGUUCUCGGUGGUCUCGACAACAUUUACAUUAAGCCUGGUGCUAAGGUGCUCUACAUCGGUGGUGCCAGCGGAACUAGUGUCUCUCACGUCGCCGAUAUUGUCGGACCUACCGGUAAUGUCUACGCUGUCGAGUUCUCUCACCGUUCCGGCCGUGACCUGAUUGGUAUGGCUACUCACCGCACCAACGUCAUCCCUAUCGUUGAGGAUGCUCGUCACCCUCUGCGCUACCGCAUGCUUGUCCCCAUGGUCGAUGUCAUCUUUGCCGAUGUCGCCCAGCCUGAUCAGGCCCGUAUUGUCGGUCUGAACGCUCACAUGUUCCUGAAGGACCAGGGUGGUGUCCUUGUCUCUAUCAAGGCCAGCUGUAUCGACUCAACUGCCAAGCCCGAUGUCGUCUUCGCCAACGAGGUGCAGAAGAUGCGCGAGGAGAAGAUGAAGCCAAAGGAGCAAUUGACCUUGGAGCCUUUCGAAAGAGACCACGCCAUGGUCGGCGCUAUCUACAGCCGAUCCUCAUAA